UAAAUCGAACACAAUAAAAAAUGCAGUGAAAUAAUCACUAACAAAGAAAAGGGGGGGACAAAAGUUUUCCUGUUUUUAGUGUGAGAAAGGGAAGAAAUGGAGAGCAAAGAGGAAGAUGUACGAGUGGGAGCCAACAAAUUCAACGAGAGGCAGCCGAUUGGCACGGCGGCGCAAUCCCAAGACAAGGACUACAAGGAGCCACCACCGGCGCCGCUUUUCGAGCCCGGCGAGCUGUCCUCAUGGUCGUUCUACAGAGCUGGCAUUGCCGAGUUCAUAGCCACAUUCCUGUUCCUGUAUAUUACAAUUUUGACAGUGAUGGGAGUUAGCAAGUCUGAUUCUAAGUGCUCUACUGUUGGAAUCCAAGGUAUUGCUUGGGCAUUCGGUGGCAUGAUCUUUGCCCUUGUUUACUGCACCGCUGGAAUUUCAGGGGGGCAUAUAAACCCGGCAGUGACAUUUGGGCUGUUUUUGGCCAGGAAAUUGUCAUUGACUCGGGCUAUAUUCUACAUGGUGAUGCAGUGCCUAGGAGCCAUAUGUGGUGCUGGUGUGGUUAAGGGGUUCGGAAAGACCCUGUACAUGUCCAAGGGUGGUGGUGCUAAUGUUGUAGCUCACGGUUACACCAAGGGUAGUGGCCUAGGUGCUGAAAUUAUAGGUACCUUCGUUCUCGUUUACACCGUUUUCUCUGCUACUGAUGCCAAACGUAGCGCCAGAGACUCUCACGUUCCAAUAUUAGCCCCCUUGCCUAUUGGGUUUGCCGUGUUCUUGGUGCACUUGGCGACCAUCCCUAUUACAGGUACUGGUAUUAACCCCGCCAGGAGUCUUGGUGCAGCAAUCAUCUACAACAAAGACAAGGCAUGGGAUGAUCACUGGAUAUUCUGGGUUGGACCAUUCAUUGGGGCAGCACUUGCAGCUCUCUACCAUGUGGUUGUGAUAAGAGCCAUCCCAUUCAAGAAUAAGUGAUGCCAUUAGGCUUUCUCACUUGUAGCCACUGCUUCAAGCACAUGAAGUAUAUUGAAGGCUGAAUUAUAUCUGUUAUAUUUUCUAUUUUCCUCCGUUUGCUUGUAUGUAUAUUAUCAGUACUCGUGUAUUAAAAUUGUGACAUGCUCUUAGAAAUGGACUUUACUUUUGAAAGAAA